UGUCAAUGAUUCAGUUCCGGUUCUAGUAAACACGCUGUGUGUCUGUGCAUUCAUAGAUACUUUACCCCACUGGGGGUUUUGUAGGUUUUCCAGGUGUUAUCAUUACUGCGUGUAUUAUCGGUUCAGCAGCGACUGGAACAAACACCGAAUUUCGUGCCGUAAACGCAGCGGGCUGUGGCGCCGCUCAGCCUAGCUACCCGCAGAGCCGUCCCUGUGGUCCGGAAGGUGCAGAUAAAUGAUUUCGCCCCUGACGUAGCCUGAUAUCUGGACCGGGGGGUCUCCCCGCCGUCAGCAUGCUGGCUCAGGGGGUCGGACGCUGCUUGCUGCCGCCGCGUUCACGUCCAGCCGGGAGCAGCAGAGGACUCUGCAGCGCCGCAGCCGCCGAUGCCUUGGACCGGGUCCGGGCGCUGCUGCAGCUCUGCGCCGACAGACACUACAUCUGUCCCGGAGAGAGCAACGCGGAGAUGUUCCGGAGAGGCUGGAGCUGCGGCUACGGACCGCUGGGCGUGGAGCUGAGGAGAAACCUGCUGCAGCAGUGGUGGCACUCAAUGAGCGGCUCCAGGGCGCGGGUGUUCGCCGUGGACACUCCGAGCAGCAGCGUGGAGAGAGGAGCUGGUGGAGCCCGGGUGGUUGGAUCCGAGCUUUUCCAGCAGAUACUCGGUCAACCCGAGCUGAGCGGAGAGCGGCUCGCCCAGGAGCUGAGGAGGCUGCUGCUGAGCGCUCCAUCUCUGAGGCCAAGCCUGCUUCAAGGUGCCUUGGAGCAGUUUGUGCCCUCACUGGAGAUGGUGAACAGAAAACUCCCGUUCGGCCUGGCUGAGGCAGGUCUGUGCUUCCAGCCUUCAGAUGGCUCCGGUUGCUUGGCUGAGGUCAACCAGACGUCUCUGGUUUGGUUCUGCUCUCCUCGCACCUCUUCCCAGUGGCUGGAUCACUGGGCACGUCACAGGCUGAAGUGGUGGAGGAAGUUUGCCCUGUCCCCCUCUGACUUCAGCAGCGUUGAGGUGCCUGAGCAUGAGCUCGAAGAGAACACGUCUCGGGGGAUGAAGAUCUUGUACAAUUUCCCGUGGGGCCUGGAAUCCCUGGAGACACUGUGGUGUCGAGGAGACGCAGAACUGCUUAAGGCAUAUAAGGGGGUCCGCAGCAAACUGCAGAGUCGAGACGGUCGAAAGUCCAUUCCUCAUGUUGUCUCUGUGAGCGGCAACAUGGACCGCGGCGUGAUGGCGUUCCUGUCCAACUCACUCCAGCUGCUCAGGAGAGAAGACAGCAAGAAGAGGCUGCAACACAGAAAGGUUCUAAAGAUACAUCCAGUGUUGGCUCCUGUCAAAGUGGCUUUAGACACUGGGAAGGGAGCCACAAUGGAACUGAGGCAGGUCUGUGAGGGCCUUCUACAGGAGUUCCUGGAAGCCAGGAUUUCUGCAUGGCCGGGGUAUCUUGACACGCUGCCAACAUCAUUAGAGCAUCUGAAUGCCAAAUACGAUGAGAUGGGAGUUCUCUUCACUGUGGUGAUCGGUGAGAACACACUGGAGAGCGGCCUCCUGCAAGUCCGCAGCAGAGACACAACCAUCAAAGAGACCAUGCACAUUUCCGAAAUUAGGAACUUUGUUUUUAAAUAUAUUUCUGCUGCUGAGAAAUUCUGAAGAAGUAAGUCAACCAUAAAGGACUUUCAUCCCAGCAAAGCACUCAGCCCCACAGAUAAGUCUCCUAUAACAAGACUGGGAGAAUUGUGAAGUUGUGGGUUAAUGAUUCUCAGUCAUGGACUCUUCUAAAAAGGCUAAGAGAAGCUAAGAGCUUUGGAAGUAUGGUGUGCUUUGUUUUCAGUAGGUAAUUCCUCUUAGUCCUUUUAACACAAAGCUGAAUAAAAAAGCAAUGCUUCAAUUCAGGCAGACCUCCAAAGGCAGCUGUUCUAUCAUAUCCGUGUUUGAUAACAAGAUGGUUCAUUAAUACGUCAUCUGUUCAAGUUGAUUGAUUUGUUAUCACAAAGGGAGUUUCAAUGAACAGAUGAGCUGUUAAGUCAGACAAAUUGCAAAACAAUAAAUGACCUUACAUUAAUAUGGUUACAUUACACAGUGUGGUUUGACCUGUUUACCUACGACUGCUAUGGUGGAUUAUUUUUUAUUCACAAUAAAAACCGUCCGUCCGUC